UUUGGCGUCAUUUUCGUAUCAACACCGAAGUUUAGCCGUCUGAGCUUACGUACCAUAUUAAGGGCGCCUUUGCUCCUAUUUUUGGGAUCAUUCAGAAUAUAGAGGUUUACGUGAUUUAGCGACGGAACCAAACCUCUAAAACCAAACAAACGAUAUUCAAACUUCUCAGUCCUUCCAGCUCCUUGCAACCAUUGCAACCCCAUUUAUGGUUAAUAGUCUAACCGGUCAAGCAGCUGAAAUGAUAUACUAUUGGCCAUUAUAUUCCGCGAAGUAGUGGGCGUUCGUAGUUGCGAAGCUUCAGCGGACAUGUUAAGUAAACUUGGCUGCCCGUCCAACGGGUACUGUGACAUGUUCGGUACAGUAGGAGUUACGGCAGGCGAAAGAGCAAUUACAACACACUGUUACCUUACGAAAUUCGGUGGACUGGCCAUUCUCCUUGACUUUUUAUCAAACCUCGUAGUCAGAACACUCUUUCAAAUAUAUUUAUUCGCCCUCAUGACUUAGGGAUCAGCGCCGAAACCUCGCUUGAAUCCUUGCUCAACUCGCACUACUAUUACCCACCUCCACUUCGCAAUUUUGACUUCGCAGCCGUCCUCCGUCCUCACCCUUCUUGGCACUUCAAUAUGCCAUUCUCAUACUGGCCAGGCGGCAUUCCAUCGUACGUCAAAUUCGACGGAGUUCCUACAGCCGAUGACAAAGUCGACGAAUUGACUAAUGGCUGGAAACUAUUUGUGAAGGAAAAAUGGAUACCCAAACCAUCCGGAGAAGCAAGCCAGGAAUAUGAAGCCAAUCAAAGACGAGCGCUCGUCUCUGAAUGGAUUCAAGCUCCGCAGACUUUGCGAGAUCAAUUCCACGCACGUGCUUUAGAAUCGCCACCGGUCUGGAAUAACCGCGCUGUGAAGCAGUACUUCCCAAGGGGCGAUGUAUCCAGCUUAUCAUGGUACACUUGUAUCGCGCCUCUCGAUACACCUCGCAAUCGAGCCCUGUGGACCAAGCUUCGGAUUCUUUCCUACGACUUCUACGAUUCCAACGAUGGAAUCUGUGAGGUCGGCGUUCUUGAGGCAUCGCCGCAUUCAGCGACUGCUGGUGUAGAGCCUAAGGAUUUCAUGAAGGCAGGAUUUGUAGAGAAUGCUGAUUUCAAUUGGAUGUAUAUGACUGUCCAUGCUACAGUUACUUUUAAGGGUUUGAAUCAAUGGGUUUUCGCCGACCAACGGUCUUUGGAGGACGGCAUGCUUUUGAUUGUAAACAUCGAAUCCAACGGAGAUGUGGUGUUGAACAUGCGGCCAUCUGUUCUGGAGUUAAAUUACCUGUAUAACAUGCACUAUGGGUUGGCGAAAGGGUUGGCAGAGAUACGAGGAAAUGCUGGGUUUGAUGGGGUCCAUGCCGAUGUCGAUGAGGGGGAAUAUGGACAGCGUCUCGAUAUCUCGAAGCCAAUUCUAGAGAUAUUUGCAGAUGUGAAAGCUACAGGACACCUUGAACAGGGCCCUGAUGAAUGGCCAGCACUGAUCGAGCAGAAUGCUCCGGGAUAUCUUGCCCUCGAGGCUGAGGGGAAAGGGGAUGAAUAUGAUCAUUCUCAGUUUACUGAAUGUACGGGUUAACGCGCGUAGUCUAUCACAGCGUCGUGUCAGGGCUACGUAUAUAGUUGGAAGACUCACCAUAAUGAGAGGAUGG